GAAAGCAGAACAUAGUGGAUUUCAGCUGACGUGAUAUAUGUGGCCCACACCUCAUAUUCCCAUGCAGGAAAUUCUAGCCCCGAAGGCAACUGUCAGUGACUGGGACCAGAAAGAAUGGCCAAAUGGGAUCUGGCCAUCGGCCUGAUCUUCUUAACACAGACUACCGUUGGACUCCUGGGCAAUUUCUCACUUCUUUGUCAUUAUAUCAUCCUUUCCUUCACUGAGUACAGGUGGAAGUCCACAGAUUUCAUUCAUAAGCACCUGAUUGUAGCCAACUUCUUAGCCCUAUUCUGCAAAGGAGUCCCCCAGACCGUGGCAGCAUUUGGGCGGAAACAUUUCCUCAGUGACAUUGGAUGCAAACUUCUUUCCCUUCUUCACAGAGUGGGGAGGGGAGUGUCCAUUGGUAGCAUCUGCAUCUUGAGCGUCUACCAGGCCGUCACCAUCAGCCCUGGGAACUCCAGGUGGGCAGAGCUUAAAGUUAAAGCGCCCAAAUACCUUUCCCCCUCUAUUUUCCUGUGUUGGGUCCUGCAAAUGCUGGUGAAUAUCAUUUUCCCUAUGUACUUAACGAGCACAUUGAGUGAUAAGAACAUCACAAACAAAAAGGAUUUUGGAUACUGUUCUUCAGUUCGUCAUGACAAAACUAGCGACUCACUGUAUGGACUGUUGUUAUCAUUCCCCGAUGUGUUAUGUCUGGGGCUCAUGCUCUGGGCCAGCAGCUCCAUGGUUUUCAUCCUGUACAGGCACAAGCAGCAGGUCCAACAUAUUCGAAGAACCAAUGCUUCUUCUGCAUCCUCCCCGGAGUCCAGAGCCACCAAAACCAUCCUUCUCCUGGUGAGCACCUUUGUCUAUUGUUACACCCUCUCCUCCAUUUUUCAAGUUGUUUUGAGUGUUUAUGAUAAUCCCAGCUUGAUAUUCGUAAGUGUCGCUGCAGCUGUGUCUGAGUGUUUCCCAUCUGUCAGUCCGUUUCUGCUCAUGAGCCACAACUCCAAGGUACCCAGGCUCUGGUUUGCCUGGAGAAGGAAUAUAAGAUCUCCUUGUCUUCAGAAAAACAUGUAG